UUUUUUUUUACAGUCCUGUCCAGCACAGCUUGUAUUUACAGCACAGCGAAUGGAGCUUUCUGCUACUUGCGCGUACUGGAAUUCACAGCUUUGGGGUCUACGAAGUGGUUAACGUAAAUUUUAGCCUUUUGACCAGCGAGCGGAGUCAACUGAUAUUAGGCUACUAUAAUACACUUAAUCAGAAUUGUUUUGUUUUUCGCGAAGGACAUUAGACCGAUUCAUAUAUUGUGUAUCAUGUAGUGGGCUAUUUUUCUAUUUAAAAAAAAAAUAAAAAAUGAACCAGAGGCUCACUUGCUUUUUGACAUGUGUUUGAUGAUGAUGCUGAAGAGAGUUUCUUUUUGAACAUUAAAUCAACUGAAGAAAAAGUCCGCCAACCAGCAGAACUUAAUUGAAUGUUUAUUGGUUUCCAGUAGUGAAGGUCGAGCAGGGUAUGACAAAGCUGUUCAAAAUCAUUCAUCUUUAGCCCAGUGGCUGUCUGUUACACAGUCUUCCUUCACUUAUUCAAGACAGCGACAAAAGCAGAACGCAGUGUAAUUAAUGAAGCAGGAGUGCGAGCGACAACCUGCAAAGCUCGUGUGUUCAGUGGACUCUAGACAGGCAGCACUACCGCGAACGGGCACGGGUCUCUGAGCAUUUAUUUAUUAUUGUUUUUUUGUUCGGGAUGCUAAAAACAGGAUUGUUUUUCAAACCCUAGGAGACAAAACCAAAAGAAAAAUGUUUUCAGAUGAACGGAGUAACACAAUUUCUAAACAGACUUUGAAUUUUCCUGUUGGUUUACUGAUUAACUCACCGAAGAAGCGACUGGCGAAGCUGGGCAGAAAACCAAGCAAUGGAUCUGUGCAGUCAAGUUCUUCGGAUACAACAACAAGAUCAAAUGAAAGCACUGGAGUACGACAGCCGGCCAAAAACAAAAUCCGAAGGCACAACAAUCGCCUCUCCACAGUUUUCAGCAGGGGCCCACACUUUAAAGACAAUCAUUCCGAUGAGGACUCCACUGUGGCGGACGGACUGCACCUGACUGACGACCCCUCAGAGCUGUCAAUGCAGAUCUCCGCACCUGGGGUCCUCAAGAUAUUUGGCAAUGAGAUCAGUACAGGUGCAAACUAUAAGAGUGUGCUUGCUACCUCUCACUCCAGCGCACAAGAGCUGGUCAAAGAGGCUCUCGAGAGGUAUUCUCUGGACAAGGCCGAAGCUGGAGACUACGUCUUGUGUGACGUGAUUGGCCGGAUUGGGGAAGAGCACCAGUGGAAGACGGAGUGUUUCCGGGUGGUGGGUGACAAUGAGAAGCCCCUCAUGUUACAGUCUCUCUGGAAACCCAAAGAAGGUUUCUCCCGGCGCUUUGAGAUCCAGAGGAAAUCCAGCGUGGAGGAGAAGGCUGCAAAGGAAAAAGAUACAGUCACAGCAGGCAUUAACGCCCAGGCCCGCAAACUACAGAAGAUUCGCUCCCGGGGAGCCUCAGUCUUUAUUGAGGGGGAUCUCAACAGCAGCUUCUCACUGUGGAGGAGCCUGAGCGAAGUAAACUUGUCUGUGAAGUCCAAGGACCCUCAGAAGAAUGGGAAAAGCUCACUGCUGGAAGACCUUGAGCCGGAGGUAGACAAAGAGGGCCAGUGUCUUGGACUCGAGAAGGAGGAGACGGAGAGCAGCGAUGAUAACACCACACAGUAUUCCAUUCAUCCCCCCUUCGAAUUGCCUUAUUUUCUGCUGCUACAGGGAUACAGUUACAGACAGGAUUUCGUUUUUUACCUGAUGAGUGGGAUGACACAUGUUUUCGGACGCUGCAGCGAGCAUUCCGCAGGCGAGGAUGAGGAGCGUAUCAAAGUGGACAUUCUGCUCUCCGCACCGGACAUUCUGCCUCGCCAUUGCAGCGUCAAGCGGCUGGAAUCCAGCUCCCACUACGAGGACACCAAGAAGAUAGUGACUCUAGUGAAACCCCUCCACGGUGCUCACGUGACCCACAAUGGAAUCCCAGUCAAGGAAGAAAUACAACUCCAAACGGGGGAUCUCCUUGGGCUUGGUGACUUUUACUUGUUUAUGUACAAAGACCCAACAGCCCCCUCUGCAGCCCAAAGACCAUCAUGGUUGACGUCCCCAAUGACUCACCUGGGUGGGAUGGCCACCUGUAAGAUGUGCGGUUCAUUGCUGCCGGGUGAAGCAGCCAGGAAAACAAAACCUUCUCACCGGAAAUCGGUCCACCUGUUAAAAGAUUCUAACGGGACAGAGCUCUCGCUGACGUACGAUUCCAUACACGAGGACCAGCUGCUGAGCAAAGUUGUUAACAUGACAGACCCCAAAGGUGAUGAGCCAAAGCUGAGCCCAGCUUUCCUGCUGUGUCUUUGUAUCCAGCACUCAGCCGGCUCUUUCGAACUGUCUGAUUUCCGGAGGCUUUUGCUCAGAAUAGCCAGUCAGGUCCAAACGGUUAUGUGGGAAAAGACGAAGGAACUUGCCAGGAUACAGCCAGAAACUGUAAAGCAGGACCCUGACGAGCUGAGCCUGCUGAGUAUCAAGGAGCUAAUCCCUGGGCUUCAGCCUCUGGCUUUCUGGAUGUCAAACUCUAUUGAACUCCUGCACUUCAUUCAGCAGGAAGUGCCCAAGCUGUUGCUGUGGGAUGAGGAGGGUGGAGAGAUAACAGACUCCCAGGUGACUGCCACCAGGUCGGCAAGUGAAGAAGCAAUGACAGUCCUUGAGGAGGUCAUCAUGUUUACAUUCCAGCAAUCUGUUUAUUACCUCACCAAAACUCUGUACACAGCGCUCCCCGGGUUGCUGGACAGUAACCCCUUCUCUGAGAGUGGUCAGCUGCGAGUGCCGGACGGGGUCAACCACAUCUUAGAGAUCCUGAAGGAGACCCUGCAGCUUCUCAAUCAGUAUGAGGUCCACUCCGAGAUCGCCUCCCAGCUCUUUGCAUAUCUCUUCUUCUUCACCAACGCCUCCCUCUUCAACGCACUCAUGGAAAGAGGUUCCGGAGGGGGUUUUUAUCAGUGGUCCCGGGGAGUGCAGAUCAGAGCCAAUCUCGACUUGCUCCUGGACUGGAUCCAGGGAAUCGGCCUGGGAGACCUGGCUCAUGACUUCUUCCACAAACUUUCCACAGCUGUCAACCUGCUAGCCACACCCAAGCAAAACCUCUUGCAGGCCAGCUGGAGCUCCCUGCGCAGUGAGUUUGCCAGCCUCAAACCGGCUCAGUUACACCACAUGUUGAGGGAGUACAACCCCGGGCGGCCCUGUCCAGCUGGCUGGAGUCCGACACCCGAGGAAGCCGAGCCUGCCAUGAGAAUGGCUGACGUUCUUGAGAGUUUUGACAACCACCCUCCUCUGAUCCUGCCCUGCAGCAGCUUUCACAUCGAGCUUGGGAGACCAGUCCAGGAUGUGCGUCUUCCCUCCCAGCUCAGUCGCAUUCAGGAGUUCCUGUGUAGCCUUAAACAGAGCAGCCCUGUACCCUCCCAGCAGGAUGUUCCAUUGGAAGUGGAGAGUGUGACCUCAGCAUGUUGCACCAGCAGUAUGAAGAACUCUGCCCCCCUCCGUGAUUCUGACACAUCCAGGGACAGAGAGUCUGAUGUUAAAGACACAUCUCUCUGCGGCCGCUUCCUCCUCCCCGGACCCAGCAACCUGAGCUCUUGCGGGGAUAUGCUGACUCAGAAACUGAAGAAUCUGGAGCUACAGAGCAGCCUGCCGGGACAGAAUGACCUGACCUCCCACAAGCGCCUGGCCCUGGACCCCUCCUGCCUCCUCACCCCUCCCAACACACCCCAGACACUGGAGCUGGCAGAGGCAGAUACAGAUCUGGAGGGGCCUUUUAGACACUUCCUGAAUGGCAGCUACAGGGGGGGAGACGAUAAAGACCUUGAUAUACCUAAAGUGAAAGGUGUCCUCAGACCCUCUCCAGAGCCAGGUAUCCAGACCAAGCCAGGUGAGGAGGAUGAAGUAUUCAUUGUGGAGCUGGAAAGAGGCCCACAUGGGCUGGGUCUGGCCUUGGUUGAUGGCCUGAAAACACCUUUGCAAAUGACUGGAAUAUAUAUUAAAUCUCUGGUUCCUAACUCGCCUGCUGCAAGGAGUAAGAAAUUAGGAUUAGGCGAUCGGAUACUGGCUAUUAAUGGAACCAGUCUGGUUGGAAUAGACUAUAACACCGGUAGAGAUCUGAUCCGGAGUUCAGGAGACAAGCUGAGGUUGCUGGUGGCCAAAUCAGAAGCAAAAGCCCUGACCACCUAGAUCCCGACGUGAAAUCGCCUUUGCAGAACUGCUGAGUUUCAAGCGAGCUACUGGAGUCUGAAGACCUGAGACAUUCUGUACUGACUGCAUAGCCAAAUUAUUCAAACUCAGUUACAAUAUAACUCCUUAUCCAUAGACCUAAGUGUAAUCACUCAAGCCCUGUUUUUUGAGAUCAGGGAUGUUAAGUUCCAUUUUAUUUCCUAAAGGUUUUAAUUUUCGGUUUAAACAUGUUUUUUACAUUUGUAUUCCUAUUAAAAAAAAAAAAAAAAAAAAACCUUUAUUAGAGUGAUGUUACUAGAGCAUUAAUAGGAAUGAGACGACAUGUAUUCAAAAAUGUGUAUAUAGACAUGUAGAUAACCUUACACUGUACACAUUCUAUUGCAUAAACACUACAGCUGACCUCUAUUUGACAUGCAUAUCUUUGACAAUAGCUAAAGUUUAGACAAAUUCUAUACAUUUAACAUUUGGAAAAUGUUUGAACUACACAACCUGGGAUUUAAGUUUUAUAAAAAUAAGUUUUCAAUUCCCUGAUUAGUUAAAACAAUGGAAUGAAAAACUACCGAUAGUAUACCAUUUAAAAUGCAACCUGUUUAUUUCUUUUAAAAGAUAUUGUGAAUCUUUAUUAAAUGUUUUUGUUAUUAUUCUUCAGAUCAAAUGCAAGCCUGUCAUUGUAAUGUAAAGCUUAUUGUUGCCAGUAAGACAGUGUUAUUUUAUCCAUUAAAAAAAAAAAAUGGAUAUGUGAUUUUGUAACAUUUAUAUUAAGUAUUUUGUUAUACCUAAAGUAUAUCUGUAAGAAACUGAACAACUCCACAUUUAUCUUUUCAGUAUAAUAAAUGCAAUGGCGUUGUUGAAUAUUUAUAAA